AACUCUUGACCAACCACCACCACCACCUACCAACCUCGAAACACGAUGAGCUCCAAGUCAACUUCCUCCAACUCGGAGUCGGCGUCCUCGGGCAACGACUAUACGAUCACUAGCACGGGAACAAACUCCCAGGGCAACCACUACUGUCAUCGCGAGUCGGACUCUGGGAGCGGAUACCAUUACUCGAACAGCAACGGCAGCUACUACUACAGCAACUCGAACGGCUCGACCUACUACAACAACGGCCAAGGCAAUUCGACUUAUACCUCCCCCAGUGGCAAUGUCACGCGUAAAUAGGCGGCCGCCGAUGCGCCUUCUGGUCGUCGAAUGAUCUUGUUGCGUUCACGCGCGGCGAAGUAUCUGCAGAGAAUCUGAACCAGACUCAAUCUUCCUGUGCCAAUUACUUACCUUCCAUCUCCCUUGCAAUCAAGUGUUUGUUCUCUCUUCGCCUCUCGCAAGCUUCGGAAGCUCAACAUUCAACCGUGAGAUGCAAAUGAUCCGAUCCUUUGUUCGCACACUCCGUCAUUCCAUGCGCAAUACGCGCUGAGAUCUGUGUACAGUAUCUCCAUGACUGGAUCUCGGAUUUUAACACACAAUUUGUAUUCAGAAGCCUCCGGCGACCUGCCGAGAUCAAGUCAAGAUGUUAAGAAGAUUCGGCUACCAAGUCCGAUAUACUGCUGAUCCAGGCUGAUCCGCUAACUGUUCCGCUCAGCCGUGGGUGCUGACAUCAUGAGCAACAGCACAAGUAAGUCGACAGUAUCGAGUGCAACGGCACGGCCAAGGAUUUCAUGCUCGUUCAAGCAGCAGCCACACGGUAACGGCGGGCAGACCGCGUUUAUUCCCCGGCGUUUCAAGUCAAUCUGACAUGUGCUGAGAAACCAAGAGAAGUUCCAAGGAUAACAUGCGGCAUUUUGCAUGGGAGUGGGAAUACGGAGCCCAGAUAAGUGCGAUCUCGAGUGCUGUUCAGAGUUUCGAAGCAGCAGCCAUUCUCGUUGGGGCCGUGGAACUGGCGAGAACAGAGACCUGAUUGCCCGCCCUGGCAGCGCAUCCCGAGGAAAGUCCUCUUCCUCGUGGCAAACUCCGAAAGCUUGAUGACCGGGAACUAGCAGCCUCGAUUCGAAUCAAGGGACGAGAAGAGCUCCUUAUCGGCGACUGGGGUGGGGGAACCAGCACGCGCUGGCUUGGCAGCUGUGCAGUCGCACGAGAUCGGAGGAAGUUGUUGGUCCAACGCGUUCGAUGACCAUUCAGGUUGCCAGUGUCGUGCUUGACGUGCUCAGAGGACUAGAUAUGAAUUGGAUAGUGAACAUCAUCCACCCGGGCCGACGACCAAGUGUCGGCAUCUUGAGGCUGUUUUUGACUUUGCCCGAGACGGGAUGGGUGGACACCCGAUUACGAGAGCUGGAUGAGAACUCCCGAGCUCAUUUUUUCCGAAUACAAGCAUCGCGGAAGAACGCUGUGAAUCGAAGAGGGAUCUGGACGUCGCGCGGUCGACUACGGAUCUCUGCACACCCUGGUUCUCUGGAAUCACCCGGCAUUUCGGCCCAGAAUCCCUUGUGGAGUAAGC